GUCAGUGUUCAUCAAUUCGUUCAGGAAGCAGAGUGUAAAAUACAAAAAAAUGACAUAUUUAAAGUUUUGUGGACUGUUUCUUUUGAUCAGUGUGAUAAAUUUGGAUAUUGCAUCCAGCUACAAGUGUAAUUUCCUGGAAAAGACUCAAUCAUCAGACAGAAUUUACACAUGCAUGGCUACACUGGACACAACUGGAAAGGAACAUCAUUUAGCUAAUAAAAAUGAUAAUGACGUAUUAAGACUUGAAUUUGAACUUCCAUCAACAGACAACAGCCCAAUUAUGACUGAUACUGACUAUCCAUUCUGUAACAAAUAUCCAAAAAUACAGAAAAUUUUGCUCAAAAAGAUAAAAUCACUUGACAAAAAUUUCCUACAAAAUUGCAGAAACUUAGAAUCAUUCACAAUUCUACGAACGGAAACAAAGUUGAUUCCAGUACUUUUAUUUUCUAAGAAUACUAAACUGACGACUUUGGAUCUAUCAAAAAAUACAAUCACAACAGUUAAUGAAAAUGCUUUUGCAAACAACAAGGAAUUAAUCUACUUGAGUCUCGAUGAAAAUAAAAUAUCAACAAUACAGCCAAACACAUUCAAGUCACUCACAAAAGUCUCAUACUUAGGCUUGAGAGGAAAUAAAAUCAAAAUCUUAAAUCCAACUUGGUUUGAAACUUUAGGAAACUUGAAAUAUUUGGAUUUUGGUGCCAAUGGAAUUGCUGACUUGCCAAAAAAUAUUUUCAGUCAUUUGGGAAAUUUACAGAAAUUGUAUCUUGACAGUAACAAGCUUACAACUUUACAUCAUGACUCACUAGGAACUGCAACUAAAUUAGCUGAAGUUCAUUUAGAUUACAAUAAGAUCAAUUCAAUUGAUGAGAAGAUUGUGGACAAUACUCCUGUUCAACGUUUUGUGCUUGAUGGUGCUGUAUGUUUUAAGCAGAAGAAGUCGAUUAAACGUGAUACUAUGAAAGCAGAUUUGAAGGCUUGCUUCACAAAUUAUCAAGCUAGAGUUUAAAGAUUAUAAUGUUGUAUAAAAUAGGUAUGGAUUUGCCCAUAAAUUAUGUAACAAUAAAGGAAUCAUUCACUUAUAAAGGAACGCAA